GAGCAGCCAGGCAACAUAGUCCCACAGCUGCCGUUCACAAGCUGCAAAACAUCCGCAUAUGUCUACGCGAGGAAUGGAUAUUAUCUCUCGCCAUAUCGGAUAAAGUGAAAACUUUAGCGCCUCGUCUUUGUAGUAAACAUGAGUUCUCACGUUAUCACUCCUGGACCGUACCGAGCCACAAAACUGUGGAAUGAGGUGACUCGUUUGUUUCGGGCAGGUAUGCCCCUCAGGAAACACCGCCAGAACUUCAGGCACUACUCUUCCUGCUUCACCGCCUCAGCUGCGGUGGAUUGGCUGCACCAGCUUCUCUGUAGCAACAGCAACUUUGGCCCUGAUGUCACCAGGCAACAAACAGUUCAACUCCUGAAGAAAUUUCUGAAGAACCAUGUGAUUGAAGAUGUGAAGGGUCGCUGGGGAACAGAGGAUCUGGAGGACAGCAACACACUGUACAGGUUCCCCUCCACUUCUCCUCUGAAGCCUAUUCCCUGUCCAGCUCCGGCCUCCAGCUCCAUUAAGAAAAGAUCUUCGUUCAGGGACAAAGAAGGUUUCUUUAAGUUUAGAAGCUUCAAGAAGCAUGAGAAGGAAUCCCUGGAAAAUGUGGAUCCUGCUCUUCAGGCACAGCAAGACGGAGAGAAGCAGCCGCUAGAAGAGCAGGAGACGCAGAGACGUGAGCUGACGGUGGAUGAUGAACAGGACAUCUGGAGAGACAUCACGCUGACGCACCUUCAGAGGAUUCUUGGUGUUGCAUCUUUCUAUGAGGUUUUAGACCCGCGUUGUGUCAACCCACAAAACAUCAUUCAUAAUAUGACAAAAGUCAACAAGCAUGGAGUGGUCACACUGGAUGACAAGAACAAUGACCUUCCACACUGGGUUUUGUCUGCCAUGAAGAGCCUGGCCAACUGGCCAAAGUAUGACAGCGCACAACCAUCCUAUCCCGGUUUUGAAAGAGAUGUCUUCAAAACGGUGUCUGAUUACUUCUACAGCCUUCCACAGCCCUUACUCACAUACGAACUGUAUGAACUGUUUAUCAAUGUCCUGGUGUUUUGUGGGUACGUCGCAGCUCCCACUACGCAUCAACGUGGGAAGCGAAAGAAGUCAGAUCUUCCCUCAGUUCCUCCUCCAGCCAAGUCAUCAUUUCGCUCCACAGAGUGUCUCCUGCUGUCGCUGCUCAGGCAGGGGACAUGUGAUGAGGCAGAAUCACCCAUGACAGACGUGCUUGGUGGGAAACUUCAGUCACGACUGGCAGCACUGAAAGGAGGCAGUGCAGGUGAUGGUCAGAUUGGAGGCAGCUGUAUGAGCCUCAGUACAGCUGUUUCUGUGAGGCCUCAAACCAGGAGCUGCUCGUUGGAAAACGUCCUCGAUGACUCCGCACCUCUCACCCGGCAACAGCUGUUUUCAUCCAGUGACAGCCUGACGUCCUGUGCCUAUAGUAACAGGAGCCAGGACGACAGCCCUGCCAUAAUAGCAACGUAUAGUCAUUCAGACUUUACAUCCAAAACACCUUCUGUUACUUGUCAAAAUGCUCCAGGAGCUGCAGUCAGAAAUAGACUGUCUGUGGCUUCAAUAGGUGGACUCUCAGCUGCACAGAGGUUGCAUCACUUGCGACCACACAGCGUAGGCAGCUGUCUGGACAUUGUCAUAGAGACCAGAGAGGAAGAUGUCAAAGAGGUCCAGUGGCAGGGCCGAGCAACCAGCUGCCUCGAUGUGAGCACUCCUGCAAGCCAGAAUCACUCCUCAGCUUCACGCCCUCCUUCACUGCCUUCACACCACCCCUCUUCUUCCUCCUGUGAUCCUUUGUCCUCCUCUUUUGUAUCUGCUGUAACCAAAGCACAAGCUGCUACAGGACCCAGUGGGCCCAGACCUGCUUCCAGUACCUCUAAUCUCUGGACACUCCCUGCACCUGCUGUUGUACGCCGCUGCCUCAGCUCUCUGGAUGUGUCCAAGCCAUCUCGACCCAUUUCACUGUUCAAACCGCCUGUCUGUGUGCCCACCAGCAGCUCCCAGCUCCUCAAACCUAAACCUGAGCACAGCGUUCUCCAGCCUCAGUGUGAACGUGUAGCCAUCGAGGCUCUGCAGCUUUGCACCCUCCUCCUCCCCCCUGCUUUGCGCAGGAAGUUGCAACUCCUCAUGAGGAUGAUGUCACGCAUUAGCCAGAACGUGGACAUGCCUCGUCUGCACCCUGCCAUCGGCACCCGAACUCUGAUGGUUCACACGUUUUCAGGCUGUGUCCUGGGCAGUGCUGAGGAGUGUGAUUUGGAUGAGCUGUUGGCUACCAGACUGGUGUCAUUUCUAAUGGACCAUCAACAAAACAUCCUGUCAGUCCCAGAGUACCUGCUCAGUGCUAUCAGUGACCACAUACAAUACCUGCGCACAGUACAGAUUCCUAUCGACUCUGUUUCUAAUACCGACGGUGGCGAUCCGGUUUGCGCUCCCGUGCCAAUUUAUGCAUUCUGCCAUCAAAUAAGCAGUGCUGAGUUUGAAGAGCAAAAGCUGGCAUCUUCUCAGAAAGCCAUGGAGGAACUGCUGGAGAUCCUGUUGACAGACCAAAAUAUAAGUGAGAAGGACAGACGCAAGAAACUGAAGCAGUUUCAGAAGCAGUACCCAGAUAUCUACAGAUGUCGAUUCCCCUCUUCAGACAAAGAGACCAAGACUGACGACAAACCAAAGAUUAAACCUCCUCUCCUCAACAUCAAGAAGACCAAAGCUUUCAGCAUCAGGACCUAAACCCGUGCAGAGGCCAGAGAGUUGUUGCUACUGUUCUGAUUGCUGCACUAUUACUGCACUGAUAUUGCACUCCGAGAGGAGAUUUGAAAAGUUCUUUUCCCUUUGCAGCCAUAAACGUUGUGUUACAUUGGAAACCUGUUGUCUCAUUUGUGUGCUACUGUUAGAGUUCAUGCAGGCUGUGAGACUUCUACAACAGUUAACGUGUGUAUUCAUGUUGUGUAUAUACGUAAUUGGGAUGUGUGUUGACAGCUAAGUAAGAUGAAGGCAGGUUGACAGACCGUAGAUCCGUAGAGCCAUUCACACCAUUUGUUGUGUUUAAACGUGUGUGUGUUUUUAUAAAGCAGAGUAUUUAGGUGUUCAUCAGUUUCUUCUUUUAUCCUCACCUGUUCCUCUUCUGGUAGCUGAUACUGAUCUGCAUACAUAAGUGUGUAACCGAGCUUCAGAGAGCAUUUGGGAGUAAAAUAUGCAAUUUUGACAUCACUGGUAAAUAUGGGAACAAUUAGAUGAUAUAUUAAGUUAUAUGAAUGAUGACAUUGGGAGAGUGUUAGUUGUUUUAAGUAUUUCUUGUCCUGUUAACUGUUUAUUUUUAGGACAUUUUAUAUUCUAGAUGCUUAAUUUUUAUUUCACAUGCUCUUUAGAAUUUUUUAGGUAUGGUCUUCAGCUUUUUUCUUUCUCUCUAAAUGUUUCUUGUUGACUUUUUCCUUCUGUUGCGCUCAUUUGCGUGGCAUGUUACCGUUUGUUUCAUAGGAAAUGUCUGAUUUUAACAGUCUCGGCUUUUUCAUAUACAACUCGGUUAUUUCAAAUUGAGCUAGUCUUUUCCAGUUUCUUGUUUUUUGUGUGUGUUUCAUCCCUGCUUUGUAUAUUGAUUAGAGAAAUGUUUUGCACUGGGUUUGGGCAUUGUGGAUAACCAACAAGCUUACAUUAUUCAUAACAAUGUUAAUUUAUACUUAUUUAAUGCAUAUUACCCCCGUAAGCUUUUCACCAGCCACCUGACAUGUUUUGUCACAACAGCUUAUAAUUAAAUGCUUUCUCAGGAUGCCAGCUAAUGACUCUGUGGCAUUACUCUCUGAAAUGAAUAUGCAGUGCUUUGUAACUGUCUAUGUAAUGGACCUGAAUGUCUCGUGGCAUACAUUAAUUUCGGUGCUGGAUGGUAGCAGGUAUUUGGUAAGCUGAAGUGAAUUACAGAACCUAUAUCAUGUUAGGUGUCUGAAGAAAUGUAACAAACCUGACUCCCAAUGUGUCACUUUUCCGUUUUAUUUAUCUAAGGCUAUAUGAAGUAUUAGUCCAACCCUGAUGUGUGUUUGUUUAAACCUCAGAGCCAGUGGUACGUAUAUUGUUUAACCAUAUAUGCAUUCAUCUGCAACGCUUUUGACAAAGACUGACAGAGAAUUGUGUAUACCUACAACUCAUCUACAUUGUUUACUAUGCAAAGUCUUGGGAAAUAAACCCGUUCAGUUUUUAUCUGUA